AUGAGUGAAGAAGAUGAAAGAAGAGGUGUAGGCGAAGUCCCCACGGAGCAGGAACCGACCCCGAGUGAUGGCUCAUCAACAAAGUAUGAGCAACCAGACGAUAACCAAGGUAGUCAAGACACCGACAGUCCGGUCGACGUCGAGCGGCAGGACAAUACCGUCGCAGGGAUGGCCGGGAAGGUAGAGCCUGCGGUGCCACCCAAGGCCUUUUCGGUGUGGAGUAAGAACGAAAAGAGACUCAUCAUUGCAACCGGCUCGCUUGCAGGAUUCUUCUCGCCGCUCUCGAGCUCAAUAUACUUCCCGGCGCUGAACACGAUAGCCGUCGCCUUGGGCGUGUCGGGAUCCCAAAUCAACCUGACGGUCACAACAUACCUGAUCUUGCAGGGGGCGGCGCCGAUGGUGAUCGCCGGUUUCUCGGACAGCAUGGGCCGCCGGCCUGCAUAUGUGCUCUGCUUCACCAUUUAUCUGGCGGCAAACCUUGGCCUUUCGCUGCAGAACAGCUAUGCGGCGUUGCUCGUUCUGCGGUGUCUGCAGAGUGCUGGGAGCAGUGGCACGGUCGCCCUGGCCAACGGGCUGGUCGGCGACACCGUGACGUCGGACGAGCGAGGUCAAUAUAUCGCCUUUGCGUCGCUGGGAGGACUUCUGGGUCCUUCUGUGUCGCCCAUCAUCGGCGGUGCCAUCAGCCAGUCCCUGGAUUGGCACUGGAUCUUUUGGUUCCUGCUCAUCUUUUCGGGCGUGUUUUGCGUGCCACUGUUCCUGUUCCUUCCGGAGACAUGCCGCAAAAUCGUUGGCGAUGGCUCCAUACCUCCUCCUCCCUUGAACUGGUCUCUGACCGAUGUUAUCCGUCACAGGCGCCGGGAAAGACAAGGGGUGACCUACGACCCCGAGGAUAGAGCAGCCUUGCUGCAGAAUUACAAGUUUCGGUUUCCCAACCCCCUGCCUACCAUCAUGAUCCUUCUCGAUCCGGAAUCGCUGAUGAUCUUGGUCGCCACUGGGUUAGCACUUGCUUGCUUCUAUGCUAUAUCCACGGGGGCUUCUUCGUCGUUCAGGGACAUCUAUGGGUUCAACAACAUGGAAGUCGCCCUUAUGUUCAUUCCGAUCGGUGUGGGUGGCAUAGUAUCAGCGUUCUCGACGGGACGGAUGAUCGACUGGAAUUACCGGAGGUAUGCACGGAAAAAGGGUAUCACAAUCGUCAAGGGCGUGAGGCAAGACUUGACCGAUUUCCCCAUCGAAAGAGCACGUAUGGAAAUAGCCUUACCGUUGGUGGUUUUGUGUUCGGCGUUCGUGAUAGGUUAUGGGUGGACGAUGGAUCACAAAGUGAGCAUAGCAGGUCCGGUGAUCCUGCUCUUCUGUAUAGGGUACACGGCGACGGCCACGUAUCAAACCCUCAACGUGUUGAUGACGGACAUCUGGCCAGGAAACGCGGCCGCAGCGACGGCUGCCAACAACUUUGUGCGAUGCGAGCUCGGUGCAGCAGCAUCGGCGGCGAUCGAUCCCAUGACCAAGGCGAUGGGUCGAGGGUGGACGUAUACAACGCUCGCACUGAUCUACCUCGCGGCUACGCCGACCUUGCUCAUUCUGAUGCGUCGUGGCAUCCAGAUGCGCAAGGCCAAGACGGAGCGACAAGAGCGACGAAGGCUUCGGAAGAAGGAGAAGGCUGGGCAAGAGACCUGA